GCGUCACAACUCGCUCCUUUCUGCUGACUUGAAUCUUAUUCUGAAAGGAUUAAAACAGCUUCGCGUCAUGAAUAUCGAUUGGAAUGAAAGGAUAGGACCAACUCUCUCGUCAGAUGUUUUUGCUGGUUUUUCCAAGAUGGACCACCUAAGCAUUGCCGACUGCGAUCUUAAACAUAUCGAGAAUGGAACAUUUCGAGCGAUGCACAAUUUAUCCACUCUCGACCUUUCCGGCAAUGUAAUAUCUCAUUUACAACCUGGUGCAUUGGAAGGACCCGGCGAUCGACUAUUGAAAUUGAAAUUGGCCCGGAACAGGCUAGAGACCAUAGCUGAUGGAACAUUUGCACGAUUUAGUAAACUCACUCAUUGCUAUUUGCAUAACAACAUGCUGAGAUCCGUGCCAGAUUUCACUGGCCUGACAUCCACUAUAAUGGAUAUGCGCUUGUACAAAAACCGCAUAACUGAUAUAUCACAAUUGGGAAAGGCUGGAUCCAAACUUGAGAUCUACACAUUGUAA